UACACUUUACAUUCUCUGCUAAUGGAAAACGCGAACGUCACUGCAGGGCUAGCUUCCUAUUGGCUAGACUCGGCACGACGCGGCUGAGAGGCGGAGCCUACGUUUGUCACACUGCCGUGCAGGAAAUGCUUUACCUACCGAGCGGUCAUCAUGAGUGAAGAGUUUUCCGGGUCCCUGACUCCUCCGGUCUCCCCGUAUCUCACCGAGAGCCUAGAGUUGGAGGGCUGCGUGGACUGUAGACCGCCGCGCUUUACGUGUGCCCAGGACAGCUGUAAAGAUGGCGGGAAAGUGUUCUCCUUCGAUUCUUAUUUCACAACAGGCAGCUUGAAAAGGCUCUUGCUGAAGCUUGAUCCAUCUCCGACGGACUAUGAGACUGAUACAGUAGAGAUUUUUGGCUUUCAGUGGGUGACUGAAACUGCGCUUGUAGAAUCAACCAAUCUGCUAUUCGGAUUGCUCAGACAAAAAAUAAAUGCGCUUGAAGGUUUAUCACAGCCAAUUUCAUUUGACUUUGGACAAGUAAGUAACAUUCACUAUGAGGCCGAAGAAAUAAGAAACCAGUGCAUAAAGUUUUUACAUUACGUAAAAGUAUUUUUAUACAGGUUUCUAGAUGCCUCAAGGUAUUCUGAAGGUUCGCUAACUCAUCCAUAUGAGGAACUGAAUGGCCAGCUUCCCUCUAAACUGAUUGAAGAGCUACAUGGGCUCCACUUGUACAUAGGAGGUUUAAGUGAUCUCCCAAACAAUGUUCUUGGAUCAUUUUCUAUUCAGCACCAUGGCAAGGUCCUACCAGCUACCUGGCAUUUGCUUCAUCUUCACCUGGAUAUACAUUGGUCUAUUUUGGAAAUCCUGCAGAUUUUGGAAGAAAAGAUGCAAGGUCAAAUUGUUUAUGCUCAUCAGUAUAUCAAUCUUAUUGGAGAAAACUUAACAAACGUGAGCUUAUUUGAAGAGCACUGUGAAAACCUCUUGUGUAGUCUUAUUGCUCUUGCAGCUACGAAGUAUUCCAAGGUGCGCCCUUCAGAAGCUCUGAGCAGUCAUAUUUACCCUGGUCUAUGUAUCAAGGAAAUGUGGGCUUUACUUAUUCAGCUUCUUGAUCAUAGGAGCAAAGGAUCUUCUUCAGAGAGUUUCUGGACUUCAAUGAGUACUUUGUUAGGACACUUUCUUCAAGGACCCAGUGAAAAUGGAGCACAUACCAUUUGUAGUGUGGUGCAAUGUAAAGAUCCUUUGGGGUUCUGCUGGUGGUUAAUUUCACAUCUUUCUUCAUUGUAUCUGCUAGAUCGCAAUGGCAUUGCAGAAGAGAAUGUUGAGAUAACAUCAAAUUGGAAGUUUGUGGAAGACCUUUUAAAGAAAUCUAUUAAUCCACAGAUCGGAGUCCUAGAGGACCAACUUCGGAUGCACCUACAGUGCUGUCUAUACUUAUGUGAGAUCUGGGAGCCAAAUCUAACCGUAGCCACUAUACUAUGGGAGUAUUACAGCAAAAAUUUGAACAGUCUAUUUAAUAUAUCCUGGCUCGGAUUAAAAUCCCUGGCCAGUGUCAGUAAAACACCUUUUUCCAUGCUGGAGGUUGUGAAAAGCUGUUGUGCUGAUGAACAGAGCCAUGACUUGUACAAGUCUGAUAACAGCUACCUUAUUUUCUUAAGGAUCAUGGCCCGUCUUAUGAAAAAGGCCAAAAGUAGUGGUAGUACACAUCCUUGGAAGCAAAUUAAAGGAAGAAUCUACUCCAAAUUCCAUCAAAGAAAGAUGCAGGAGCUCACAGAAGUUGGCUUGCAGAACUUUUUUACGCUUUUUCUGUUACUUGCCUCUUUAGCAGAGGCAGAAGAUGUCACAAACCGUGUUUUGGACCUUUUAAAAUUUCUAGUUCCCUCCAGUCUUAGUUCUGCUCAGCAGGCACUAGUGUGGAGAGGUAAUUUUGCAUUCAUACUUAUUUAUGUGGAGAAAAACAUGGAUAUAAGUGUUUUGGCUGAAAAACUGUCCCAUAGCUUUCGUGAAACUGCCAAAGAGUUUUUGGUUUCUAAAGGUGACUAUGGACAGAAACAUACACAUUGGACCCUGCUUUCCACAUAUGUUGAUGGCGUCCAAGAGGUUUUUGAGACAAGCCACCUUUUGCAACUUUCUGAAGAAAAACUCCUGAAUGAUGGCUUUAGUAUGCUGCUACCAGCAUGUCGGGAGUCAGAGUUAAGUGCAGUUCUUCAUUUUCUUCAAACAGCCAUUGCUAGACUCAGAAACAUCCACAACCGUGCAGCCCAAGGACAUGGGAACGCAGGGACUCAUGCACGGUCAGUGGCAAAGGAGCGCCAUCUAGCAGUUGCAGGUGCUCUCUGGAGAAAUUUUUUCCCUUUCUUGAAAAGUUUGAGACUUUCACAAACCCCACCCUCCCAGUUAGCUGACACAGCAGCAGGAUUCACACUUCUUGCUUUGGACAUGCCCAGCAGUGCCCCGCCUGAUCUGCAACCCCAGCCUUUUGUGUCAAUGAUGCAACUUUACGGCUGGGAUGAUAUGGUCACACCUCAAUUAGUAUCCCGUUACCUAAGCCACUUAAUUCCCAACAGUGCAUUGACAGAAGCCCUCAAUGGUAUUGGAUAUUUCACUUAUCAGGCCUUGUCAAUACGAUCUUGGAUUCGAUGUGUAUUGCAGAUGUAUAUUGAUCUGCCAGUGGGCACUAUAAUUAAAACAGGGAAUGAAUCAGGCUUAGUUCUGGCAGAGCAGCUUGUGGAGUUCACUAGACUGGUGUUCAAGCUCCCUGAAGCAGAAAACAUACUCAACAAGGCACAAAUUGAAAAAAAAAAUUACAAACAAGACCCAAAGCAGGCUCUUCUGCAGUUUAUCAAGGCAACAGGUACAACAUAUGGUAGUUUACAAAUGCUGUCAGAAAAGUCUGCUAUGGUCUCUAAAUGCCAAGAAUACAUUGGAGAUAUACUAAAGUAUGUAAAGCCAUACUUGACUAAGAGGGGCCCUGUGGAAGGCUUGCAGAUUACUUACAGAACUAUAGGAUAUCUUGUACGGUACUGGGCAUUGAUUCUGGCCACUUCCAAAGCACAGCAGCUCCUCUUCCGCAUCAUUGAUUACCUGCUUUUACCACAUGCCUUGUUCCAACAAGAUAAGGGUUUGUUGCCAGCCAUGCUGUCCGCUAUAAGGGAGACCCUCCCUCUCUUUCUGCAGGGCCUAGCAAUCAUAUCUCGUCAGUCACAAGCUCAAUCUGCAUAUGUAAAACAGCAGCUGAAAAUGACUAUUCAACAGUAUUUUGGAAGGUUUCUUCCAAGUGCUCCUUCUGUAUCAGGAAGUCACCCUGUGCUGCUAGCCCUGUGUGAUUCUGUUCAGAGUCCACACACAACCAACCUGAGGAGGCCUGUAAUGGAAAUCAUACGAGAUGGCUACUUGCAGUUUAAAGGUCAUGCACCACCUCCCCGAUUAGCCGCCAUUUUGUCGUUCAUAGUGGAUGUUUUCCAGAGAACCAAGACAAUUGAUGCUGCAGAUGCAGAUUCUCUUCUCCCAUCUAUUCUAAAGUGCCUGAUAUUGGUCAAUGAACCUCAGGUGAAGAAGCUUUCUACAGAAGCACUACAGCACAUGGUUGAAUGCUCUCAGGCUGCACCACUAGGGGAUGUUGCAACACGAUUAACAGCAAAUUUAAGGCAGUUUAUUCAGGAUAACAUAGUGAUGUAUGACCAUCAGGUAUUUUCUGUUUUGGAGACUCUUGCUGUACUAGACCAGUCACUUGUGGGUAGCCUGAUUCCCACCAUCAGUCAAAGCCUUAAAGAGUCUGAGCACAAACGCGGCCUUGGACGAAAUGCUUCAUCCAGGGAGGCUUACAGAAGAUUGCUGUCACACUUGGGUGAACAUGGACAAGAUGAGCAACAGACACUUGAAAAUGAAAGAUGUUAGUCUAUUAGAAAUGCCCACAACCCCACCAUAACAAAACAUUCAGCAAAAGUUCUGUUCUGAAGACUGGUAUUUGUUCAUGUCUUUGAAAGAAUAUUGUUUUUUGUUAAAAAAAAAUAAAAAAUAAAUAACUCUGAAAACCUGAUCUAUUCCAUGCUAGAAUUGUACUAUAAAAUUUUUUCUAGAAGUUGUGUGUAAAUCUUGUAUAUAUGCCUCCAAAAUGUGUAUUAGUUAUGUUGUUGAUUUACUUGUUGGAUAAUGUUUAUUAUCAUAAAAUAUUUUUG